UCUUCUUGUCUGUCGUCCCUUUAGGAGUGAUAUUUAUUGGUAUUAUUUAAUCGUAUGUUUGUGUAAUAAAACAUGUGAAAAAUGAAUUUUCGUGAAUGAAUGUUAUGUUCUUACGAUCCCUACAAGAUUUUUGCGCCUUAAACUUUUACUUUUUACACAAAUACAGUGAUUUUCACCCUGAUGUAAGGAUUACAUGGGGUCUGUCCGUGUUUAUAAAUAUUGAUUGGUUGCAUACAGUGUUUUCUAACGUUUCUAAUGUGCUUUUAAAUGUGGAAUGAAAUGUAGGUAACUGCGAAACGUAGAAGAAUAAUAGAUAGAUUUACGAAAAUGCAACAGUUGUCGAUGUUUCGGAAUGGCUCGAUAGUGAUUCCUAAGAGUGUUUGAUCGUGAUUCUUAUUAUUAUUGUGUUGUUUUUGUGUUUAUUUGACAAUGGAGGGGACUACCGAGAAGGAUUGCUCUCCUUUGUGGAGUUUGUACCAGCAGAUUGUAUCGGAUAUGAAGAACAGCACGCCGAUGUGGGAGGAGUUUAUAUCUAAGGCCACCAAGCUUCACUCGGCUUUAAAGUCGGCGCUGGUAGCAAUAGCGGCUUUUUUGGACGCUUUCCAGAAAAUAGCUGAUGCAGCGACCACUGCUAGAGGAGCGACGAAAGAGAUCGGCACUGCUCUCACAAGAGUUUGCCUACGUCAUCGCGCUAUCGAAACCAGGAUGAAGACCUUCAUCAGCGCUCUAAUGGACACCCUGAUCACACCGUUGUCGGAGAGGGCAGACGAGUGGCGUCGCGGCGGCUGUGCAACCGGUGCACUCAGUCGGGAACAUGCCCGGGAGUGCAAGCGGGCGCGGGCAGAACUCAGGAGGAGAGUGCAGGAAGCUCAGAGACACGCCAGGAAAGCGCGCCGAGCGCAGCCGGACGCGAAGCGGCGUGCUGACGUCUGUAUGCAGGAUGUUCAGGAACGCAAGCAGCAGUUGGAGGAAAUGGAGGAGAAAGCAGUGAAGGCUGCUCUUAUAGAGGAGAGGAGCCGCUUCUGCCACUUCGUAUCUUUACUCAAUCCUGUUGUGGAGAGUGAAGUAGCAAUGAUAGCGGAGGUCGGGCAUUUGCAAGAAGGCAGCGAGCAGCUUAUUCGUCACACGACGGAACCCAGAACAUUGCCUGCGGCCAGCUUACAGGUGGUAUGCGACGUGAAAUCCUGCUACAGUGGAUGGGCUGAAAGUAAUUCGGCACCGCACUCGCCUUCCACUUCCUCAAGACUCGGGAGCCGGAAGUCCAGUCUCACUUCUAUAUCAUCGCUCAAUAGCCAGUGCUCCGACCAACAUGGUGCGGGCGGUGCGGGCGGUGCGAGCGGUGCGGUGGGUGCGGGCGUGUGUUCGUUGGCGGGCGGCAGCUCUACGCCGCUGUCGAGCGCGUCGUCGGCCGGGACCUUACCGGCGCCGGAUACGCCUCGACCCACUUCACAGUCAGUGUUCCGUUUGGCGAGUGUGUGCAGUGCCGAUUCGGGUUUUCGGUCGCAAGACGCUUUACAGCGACGUUCGCUCUACGUUGACAAUGGUUCAGACAAUCAGAGCGUUAGCAGCGAAUGCAUCACACCGGCGAAGCAUAUCGACGACGAUCAAGAUGAUUCUCAUGACGGCAUGUCCAAUGCUGCAUCAGCAACUUGGCCAGAUUUGAAGGAUACCGCCCAAUUCGAGAGAGCGGCUUCGGCUAUAAUGGGCGGACGACCACAUACUAUAUCUGCAGCUUGCGAGCGCGGCCACCCCCGCGCCGCCCUCACCGUGCUCACGUUCCGCACCGACCGCGCCGACCACGACCACCACCACCACCACCACCACGACCACGACCACGCUAUAUACGCGCGACCGCCGCUGCCCACCCGUUGUUCGUCAUUGGAGCGGCCGUCGGUGCCCACGAAGUCUUCUAACGCCAACACCGGACAGUCAGAGUUUAAACCCUCCAAGCCAUCGUCGCUGCCGCCGCAUCUCACCAAAGAAAUGCCAGCGUUGUAUGUGAAUCUGUCGGAACUGGCGACCCUGGCGGCUGCGCGAGCUCACCACCACGCCACUACGGCCGCCACCGCCGCUGGUACUGACCACCCGCAUCAGGAGAAGGUCUGUUCUGAGAGUAGCGCCAGCGAGUCCUCACUGGAAUCCUCGAGCGGCUAUGGAAGCCAAGGUGCCUUCGCUGCGGAGGAUCACGCACUUCAGCACCAAAUACAGCACGCUGAUGUCGAAUCCGAAAUCGUGACGUUGAGACGAGAUAGCGACGCUACAGUCGCGGCUGCACGCGAGAGCUUCUCUAUCUCUCUCGGGAGUCUAGAAGAAGCUGUGAGGUCACUGGACGAGGUCGCAGAGAAUCCAUCAUUCGCGACUAUAGGCAAGAAACCGGCGGUUCCGAAACGACGACCCGUUUCGAUGACAGCUACAGUGUGGUCUCGCCGGGGCUCGUCCAGUUCGCUCGGGAAGCCGCCGCCACCCGUGCGAAGGUCCUCGUCCAUAUCGAGACCACAACGACCAGCUUACGGUCAGGGCAACAUACAAAGCCCACAGAUGGCAUCAACAGAGGCAGACAACCUCCCGCCUCCGCCGGCCUUUUUGCUGCAACCAGAUAACGAAAAUGCGGGACACCAAUCGAUAAACGUAGCAGAAACCGUAAAGCAAUUAACCGAAUUGAAACAUAUGCCGGCAUCCCCUGGUCUGGUCAGACGCAGUCUCCAACAGAUACAGAACAGUCAGACCAAUCAGAACAAUCAGACUAACGCCAACCAACCCUCGCUGAGCACCUUCCAGCAAGCGAAGAGUAACUUCUCGUCGAAUACCAGUCUCAACAGCACAGGGAAUUUGAACCCUAUUUACGGGCAGACAGGGCACAGAAUUAUGGCCUACGUGGAGAAUUCGGUGUAUGCUAGGAAGAAUAGUUUGAAUAGCUCGAAUUCGGAUCUCUUCAGAGAUGUCAACGCGGGUUUAUAUGUACAUAUUUUAGGUGGAUCGCCACAUGGCUCGAGCCCCUCUACCCCCAGUAACGGGGAGAACAAUUCAUUUUCGAGUUUUGGACCCCGAGUAUCCAAUGACUCACAUUAUGGACAAACUGGAUUCAAGCUGCAACAGGAGAAGAAGUACGCGCAAAGCAACACAAUAUACGCGCAGCCGUCACAGAUCAUCGCCGGCUUCAACAACAUGUCGCGGCACGACGCCCUCACCCCGCUCGCAGUGCGCCGCGCCGCCGCACGCUCGCACAGCGCCGACCGACACGCAGACCCAGAAGGUGGCUUAAUAGCAAGUUUAAGUGCAAAGUUAGGCCCCCAACUGUCACCAAGGACCACCCGCCGCGCAAUAUCAACGAUCACAACGGCUGAUCCACCUCCGAAGCCGAAAGGCGGCGGCCCGGCGGCGGCGGCGCCCGCGUUCCUGGACAAGCUGUCGGCCACGCUGCAGCGCCGCCCCGCGCACGCCGCCGCGCUCCGCGACCGCAUCAACGCGCGCGCGCAGCCGGAUCCGCGUGUCUGCCACACGUCGCUGAUGGAGCAAAUAAAACGAGGCGCAACUCUACGCCGAAACAAACACUGCAACGACAGAUCUGCGCCUAAGAUACGCUAA